AUGUCCUCGGCAUUGAGUAAUCGGGGCGGUUCUGUAAGAAGACUGCUCACUGCAAAUGGGCCUCAAUAUGGAGCUGUGAGAAGGAGGAGGACGAGGAGGAGUUUCUGGUCGACGGCGACGGAGACGCCAUCCAAAAUCAUCUUCUCCGGCAUUCAGCCCACAGGGGUGCCACACCUGGGGAACUACCUUGGAGCUCUUCGACAAUGGGUCAAAUUACAAGAUGAAGCCGAUGACAACAAUACCCGGCUGAUAUACUCGCUGGUCGACUUGCAUGCCAUCACGAUACGACAAGACCCGGCCCAGCUCCGGCAAUGGAAGAAGGAGUCCUUUGCAAUGCUGCUCGCCAUUGGUCUGGAUCCUGAGCGCAGUACCAUUUUCCAUCAGAGCGACGUAGCAGCACAUACAGAACUCAUGUGGAUACUCUCCUGCCAGGCGUCGACAGGAUAUCUCAGUCGGAUGACACAAUGGAAAGAUAAGACGUCAAACGAGAAAGAUGGGCACGAAAAGCUCAAGCUGGGUCUGUUCUCCUAUCCUGUUCUACAAGCAGCAGAUGUGCUCGUACACGGCACGACACAUGUUCCCGUGGGUCAUGACCAGGCCCAGCAUCUGGAAUUCGCGAGGGAAGUCGCCAAUGGCUUCAAUCACCAGUACGGGGCCAACAUCCUCACACCACCAGAGACGAUCAUUAGUCCCGCAAAGAGGGUCAUGUCACUGACUAACCCCGUGUCUAAAAUGUCCAAGUCGGAUCGCAACCCGAAGUCUAGAAUCUUGCUUACGGACUCUGAGGAAGUGAUUAAGCAGAAAGUGAAGUCGGCUAUAACUGAUUCCUUGUCGGGCAUCAGCUACAAUCCACCACUUAGACCUGGUGUGAGUAAUCUGAUUGACCUGAUCUAUCACGCCUCUGGCUACGACACGUCCUCGGCGGGGAACCAAGAAGAUCUAGCCCGGGAGAUGGAAAAUAUGACUAUGCGAGUGGUGAAAGACCGAGCUGCUCAAGCUGUCAAUGAUCUAAUACGGCCGAUUCGUGAGCGAUAUACGGAGAUCAUGGAACGAGAAGGAGAGGAGCUUGAAGGAAUUGCAAAAGCAGGCGCUGAAGAAGCUCGCAAUAGUGCUGAAGUGACCAUGAAGGCUGUCCGCGAGGCUGUUGGCUUUCGAUAG